AUGCCCACAACAACAAUUCGAACCCCGCCAUUGGCGGAAGACUUCACUCCCCUCGCCGAAUACCAGGCUCAAACUCCAGAGACUUUUUUCGGUGGGAAGCCCGUGCUACACUACCAUGCGAAGGGCGCAAAGUCCUGGAUCUCCAAGGAUCAGUGUGGCAUUCUGCCCGUUUUCCCUACCGAUUCAUCCUCAACCUCACCUUCUGGCCCAGAGGCGGCUGCCUUGGGAGCAGGCGGCGAGGAAUUGACAGAGCAGAAGCUCGACAUUUGGGUAAACACUGAGAACUUUACGCUUUUCCACCAGGAGGCGCAAGUAGGAGUGACCAUUCCCUACCCAAUCAUUUCGAUCCACGCGCUCAAAGCCAUCGGAAGCGGCUCAGACCAAGUUCACGCCGUCUGGCUGCAGAUGGAGCUUGGCGAUGGAGGCACGGGUGACGACGACUUCAACACCUUUGAGCUCACCAUCAUCCCUCCAGUCACGGGCGAGCAGACGUCACAGGGAGAAGCUAAAAGGUUAUUCGAGGCCAUCUCCGCCUGCUCCAACCUCCAUCCCGACGCAGUCGAAGAAGGCGAUGAAGACGAGGAUGAGGACGACCGUAUAGUAUUUGAGAGCAGCCACGAGUUCGAGGCGCUUGCCGGCUUCACUGGUGUUAUGAGGGGCACGAGCAACGGCGGCCUUCCGCCUCCAAUGCCUGGCAGUUCGGGCUGGAUCACGGCGGAGAAUGUCCACGAGUACUUUGACGAGGAGGGAAACUGGAUUGGAGAGGAAGGGGUUAGUGGCGAAUUAGGAGACGGCGCUGGAAGAGUUCGGAAUCGGGAGGAGGCGGAUGUCGAUAAUAUCAAUGGGCAGGGCACUGAGGAAGACUCGGAAAAUAAACGGCCACGGGUCGUGUAA